ACGCACGUCAACAAAACGCCCUGCCACCAAUCGAACUGUCACUCGCGUCGCCGUCCGAAUCGGAACCACAAAAAUCGCUGGAAUUUUUACGGUUUUUCGCGCGGGUUUCUCCGGAGGUUUUUCUGAUUUCACGAAAGACACGCGGCCAAAACGAUGAUCAAGCAACCGGUCCUCGCCGAGCUGCAGUACUUUGUGAGCAGCGUUUCGCUGCUGUACAAGGGCGUCCCGCUCAAAGAUUCGGCCGCGGCCACGGCCCUGGUCAAGUGCGCGCUGCACCUGCUGGAGGACCUGCCGUCGACGCGGGACGCCGUCUUUGAGUACUUUUCGCUGGUGUUCAACGGCGCGGUGAAGAGCUACCUCAGCAAUGUCGAGAAAAAUAACCCGGAUGCUUCCGCCGAGGAUGACACGAUCCAGGGAAUUCACGAAGCGCUAGAGCGACUCGUCACGAACGGACCUCCGGCGUGGUCUCCAUUAAUCUCCUCGUGGAGUCUGCGUCUGCUGGGAGAAAUCUGCGACAAAAACAGUCGCCGCCGUCCGCUGGACAUCCGGACGUCCUGCAAUUUGUGGCUCGGCUGUCAGGCGAUCCGCUGUCUCGUUGGCCUGACCGCCCUGUGCUUCUCCAAGUUGGAAGAAGCCGAAGUAGACAACUGCAUCGCUGGGCUCCUCAACACUUUCGCCCAAUAUUCCCCCUACUUCGACUGGGUCGUAGCCCGACUGGGCGGAUGUUUCCCGGCGCGGGUUAUCGCGCGCAUGUUGGGAUGUGGGCUGAAGCGCUUUACCGGCGAGUACGACCAGGUGGAUUCCGAAGUGGAAGUGUUGAGCUAUUUGGCGGCGGCAAAUGAGGAGCAUUUGAGGAGGGCGCUGCGGGACAUUAUUGAACGGGAGGCGGCCGGGAAUAAGCUGACUGUGCCGUACCUGUUGCACCUGUCGAAGAACUCGGAGGUGUUGGCGCAGUCGCUGGCGGCGGUGUUUUUGGAGCAUCACACCGACGCCCACCUCCAACUGUUCCGCGCGCAGUGCAAGUUCUGGCCCGCCAACUACAACAUCACCAACGUGGUCCACAUCGUCACCGGUCUGCUGCUGAAGGUCAAAAAGCACUCCAUCCCGGUUCUCCUAACCCUGCCCCGCCUCGCCGAUCGCUACCCGUGGUGCCAGGAACUGCUGGAGAUGCUGUUCGUCGAGCUGGAAACGCUGGUGCUGGAGAAGCGGUCCUGCCCGCUGCUGGACGACGCCACGAAGGAACCCGCCAAGGAACUGCUGUGGCGGGCUUGUUUGAGCGAUUGCGCGCUGCUUCAGCAGAGUGGCGUUAGGUUGAUUUUGCUGGUCAGUUUGAGGUCGGCGCACUUUUUGCAGCAGUCGAUUGCGCAGCUGUUGGCCGGGAGUUCCGGGGAGUUGGGAUCGGGUAAACUGCACUUGAACGCGUUGGUGCGGUUGCUGGGCGGUCCACAUGGGUCGGCGGAGUUGCCGAAGAUUAAGCCGGGCUUUGAGAUUGCGUUGGAGCGGAUGUUGUUGAACCCGAUGCGGGGCGGGGAGAACUAUUGGGUGUUGCGGAAUCUGGUGGAGAUUGUGAAGUUGGAGCGGGACUCAUUCAAUGUGCACUUGAAGAAGACGAACUGCGUUGUCGUGCUGCAGGAGCUGCUGGGUAAGAUGCUGGCCAUUUGGGAGAUGUUGAUGAACCAGCAGAAGAACACGCUGCUGCAGAGGCAGGGCACGUUUUCGUUUGGGAACGCGGUGAUUAAGCCGGAGAUAAAAAGGAUUAAACGGGAGGACGGCGGGACGGAGCAGAUUGACACCGGCGAGGGGACUAGUAGAAGCAGAACAUCGCAAAUCGCGACCCCCGUAACGUUCGACCAGAUUCACAUGCUGGCCAAGCUGAUCGACUGCAUGGAGUUGAACGCCAAGUCGGCCGUCCUGAACAUGUCCGAGUGCCUCAAACUGUCCGCGCUGACCGUCAAGUACUUCUUCCUCUGCCUUCAACAAGCAGCAACCCGUCUCAACGGUGACGACGACACCAACCUUCACCGCUGCUACCAACUCCUGUCGCGACACUGCGCCAUGCGAAAGGCCGCCCGAACGUCAGCCCUCCGAGAAAUCCUCGAAGGCGCCCUCUUCCUGUACGGCAACCUGUUUGGCUCCCUCGAAACCGAACGCGACUCCGUCGAGUACAGCAAACCCGACGAACUCCUCAUCAAACUGAACCAAAAGCAAGGCAUCGCCAUGAACGCGUCCCGCUCCACAGUCCUGCACGCCGGCGUCAUCGGCCAAGGCCCCAAACAACCCGUCCGGUCCGCCGACGGCCCCGAAUCCGAAAUGCAGAACCGCCUAAUCAGCGCCAUCGUGGCCUGCUGCCAAGACCCCGACCAACAAGCCACCAUCGACGGGUUCAGCUUCAUGUCCCUCCUCCUGGUCGAACUCGUCUCCCCCGACGUCAUGUACAACGGGCUGCCCUGGCCCGACGAAGAGUACACCAAAGUGACGAUGGAACGCGACCUCCAGAUCCGGCGGAUGUUCCGUAACAACCCAAUCCUGUGGUCACUGCUCGGUCUCGUGGCCUGCUACCGACCCGCGCUCUGUUACAGUUCAGUUUUGCUGAGAGCCCUGGCGGCAUCCGUGCUGCACCAGUGGAGAUCCAAGUCGGCGGAGACGAUGGUCGACGGCCACCGGACGGAACUGAUGUACGUGACGACGAAGCUGCUUGAGGUGAUGGCGCUGGGUCAGCUGCUGCCGCCGCCGCUGAGCUACCUGCACAUUGUGCUGCCGCAUCUGGAUGCGGCGGAGAUCGUCUACGUGCUCAAGGAGUGCGUCUGGAACUACAUGAAGGACCACGUGCCCUCGCCCGUCCUCUUCGUGUGCGAUCCGACCGGCUUCCACUGGCGCGACCCCGCCAGUUCCCGUCCCCCGCCCCAGUACACGAACCCACUGCGGAACACGAUGCAAAAGCGCCUGCCCAAGAUGGGAACCCUUUACCAGCAGAUGUUUGUCGGACCGGAGUUGCGCAAUCCGACGGUGAUGCACCACCACCAGCAGCAGCCGCCGCAGCAGCAGAUUGUGAUGGUGAAUGGGUUGGGCGGAAGUGGUCAACCUCAGCCGAUGGUGGCGGCGGCCAACGGGAACGGGAACAUGAUGGUCAUGCAACAUCAUCAUCCGCAUCCACAUCAGCACCUGCCACAGCAGCAACAUCAUGGCCAGAUGGGACCGGGGAUGGUUGGUGCGAACGGAAACGGACACUUGAUGGGAAAUCCAGGGCCACCGGUCAUAUUGGGACCGGUCGUGACGUUGGAUUAGCAGUAGUAGGAGCGGAGUUUAAAAAGUUUAUCAUUUUCUCUAUACACGUGUAAGAUUGUAGAAUUGUAGAUAGGACUAUUGAUUGUUUUCUCUUUCUUUUAUUUUCGUUUUCUCGAGAAUCUACUUUUUGUAAGAAACAAAAAAAUCAAAUUAAGAAGCACCGUAAGAUUUUCC